AUGACUGAAUGUCAUGCAAAUGAUGUAACGAAGAAAAAUGUCAAUUUCUUUUUUUUUAUCUGCUUUUUUUUAUCAGUUGCAAUUUUGCAUUCAUUCAGUCUAUUUUUCCGAUUUUCUUUUUUUUUUUUUCGUUUUGCUUUUUCGGUUUUCACAGAUCUUUUCUUCUUUCCAUCGUUUUUUUUUCUUUUUCUUUCUCUUAAGAUUUACUCUUCUUUCAUUCUUAAAUUCAUUCAUUCUUUCUUUUCAUUCGUGACAUUUCUUUUGUAUAUGUUGAAAUAUUUAUUUGUUUUCAUAAUAUGUCUUUAUAAAAUAAUUUCUUUCUACAUUUUUUUCGUUAUUUUCAUAAUAUAUAUUUUAAACAAUUUCUUUUCUUUCUUUCUUUCUUUUCUUUUCUUUCUUUUUUUUUUUUUCUUUCUUUUCUUUCUUUGUAGUCAUUAUAGCGAGUAUUUUAUUCCCCUCACAUACUUUCAACCGUUAUUUUCUUUUCUUUCUUUUCUUUUCUUUCUUCUUUCUUUCUUCUUUUUUUCUUUUUUUUUUUUUCCGUUAUUUUUCUUUUCUUUCUUUCUUUUUUUUUUUCUUUCUUUCUUUUCUUUUCUUUCACAGUGUAUUUAUGUUAUUCCCUUUAGCUUUGUAAUCAUAUGUCUAUUUAUCCAUCACUCUUCUUAUCCCUUCAGGUUCAUGCCUAGUAGAUAUUUACUUUUUUUUUUCUUCCUUCCUUUCUCUCUUUUCUUUAUUUCUUCCUUUCUUUCCUUUCUUUCUUUCUUUCUUACUUUCUUUGGGAGUCAUUACACUGAGUAUUUUAUUCUUUACACUUUUUUAACGAUUAUUUUCUUUCUUUCUUUUUUCUUUCUUUCUUUCUUUCUUUCUUUAGUAGUCAUUAUAGCGAGUAUUUUAUUCCCUACACAUUUUCAACCGUUAUUUUCUUUCUUUCUUUUUUUCUUUCUAUUCAUUCUCUUUCCUUCUACUUUUUCUUUCUAUUUUUUUCAGUUUUGUUUUCUUUCUUUGCUAGUCAUUAUACUGAGUAUUUUAUUCUUUAAACAUUUUCAACCGUUAUUUUCUUUCUUUCUGUCUCUCUGUCUUUCUUUCUUUCUUUUAUAUUACUUUCUAGCUUUCUUUCUUUCUAUAUUUAUUUAUUUAUUUCCCUUUUGUCUUUCUUCCUUUCUUUGUUUUUACCUUCUUUCUUUCUAA